AUGUCGGAACUUGAGCAUCACCCCAAGAAGAGCAGCAAAUUCAGAGGCGCCUCCAAGAAGUCGUCGACACAGGCUAGCAGCAGUUCAGCAGAGGAUUUGAAGCAGAAGAUCAGUACCUUGACAGACAUUCUCCCUGACUGGACGUACCAGGACUUUAUUUCCAUCAAGGACGAAAUUGCUAACGUUGACGUUCCAGAGAUUCUUGAAGGGAUCUUCUCGGGCAAAAUCCAGAAAUGGGAAGUUACUGAUAAAAGAGAGGAGAGAGAGAGGAAGAAGGCUGCCCAGCUUGCCCAGCAACAGGCACAACAACAACAACAGCAACAGCAACAGCAGCAACAGCUGGCGCAACAACAACAGUCGGGACCACAGCAACUGGCCUCGGAGGGAGAUAUCGAUUCACGUACUUCCAACUGGGACGAUUCUGGUAAUUCCAACAGUACAUCCUCCUCCCAUUAUCACAACCACCAUAGCCACGGCCAUCACCAACAUCCGCAUCACCAACAACCACUCAAGAGAAACGUGCCAAACAAACAAUUCAGACAAAAGCCAAAACCACACCAUCAACAAGAAUAUCACAGCCACAGCAAUAAUAAUACUAAUAAUAAUAAUAAUAACAGCAGCACGGGAAAUAGUCAUAACAGUAUAAAUAAAAAGUCGCCUGCUAAUUCUACGUCACCAAGUCAAGGUUCAUCUUGGGCUAGUGCUUUGAAAUCGGAACAAAGAAACGAUGUUUCUCAACAGUCCAAUGAUAUACUCAGUGAGAAGUCACCUGCAGUUGUGGAGGAUGAAGAACAGGUUGUCAACCAGGUACAAAAAUCCCGUUCAAGAGAUGGCAAGGAUGCAUCAAAUGGCGACGUCAUUAAAGAUUUCAAUAAUGAGAUUGCAAAUAGUCAAAACGAACCUUUGAAACCAGCAAAGAUGAGCUGGGCUGCCCUAUUGAAGCCUAAGAAAGAAACCAAGAAACAAAAGGAAGCUGAAGCAGUGGAAGAAGUCAGAAUCGAAGAACCUAUUGUAGAGGCUGUUGAGGAAGUCACUGAGGAAGUCAUUGAAACUGUUGAGGAAAUCGACGAUGACAAUGGUAUCGCUGCACCUGAAGAUGGUUCUACAAAUGCCAUUUCUGAAACUACUGCUGUUGAAAAACAUGCAAAGGUUGAAGAAGGACAAGGUAAGGUUUCACCUAAAUCUGAUGUUGCUGAAACAACAAGCGAUUUGAACAAAUUGUCCCUAAAUGAGACAUCUGAACCUGCUCAUAGUGAAGAAACCCAGUCAGUAGAAAAAUCCAACCAAAAAGAAGCAGAAAAACCUCAACAAGUCGAACAACCAGCACAACCAGCACAACCAGCACAACCAGCACAACCAGCACAACCAGCACAACAAGUACAAACAGUACCAGCACAACCAGCACAACCAGCACAAUCCGUUCAAGCUCAAAAAUAUAAUGAGUAUCAACAACAGAAUGUCAAUUAUGGUAUGGAGAACUACAUGAGAAAUAGCCAGUAUGAUCCAUCUCAAUUAUCCAACCCUUAUAUGUACAAUCAACAAUAUAUGGAUCCAAUGCAAUCACAAUUCAUGACAUCUGGUGUUAACUCCAUUCCAACUGCUUCUAAUGAUCUUAAUGUUGCUGCAUCUCCAGCGGCUGCAUCCAUUAUGCCAAAUAUGACCAACCCUGCAGCGGCAAUGGGUAAUGUCUCUCCAAUGGUCGGUAUGCCUCAAUUUAUUCCUCCAUAUUAUAACUAUUUCUACAUUCCUCAAGCAGGUUACAUGGGUUAUGCACAGAACCAACCACCGGUUGCAGGUGCUGCCAAUACUUUACAACAAAAUAAGUUUUAUGCUCAAUAUGGUCAAAAUAAUGGCAAUCAAGGGCAAGAUCAAGCAGCUGAUAAAGAUCAACCACAUCCUCCAACUCCAGCCCAAGCCCAAGCCCAGGCACAGGCUCAACCACACCCACAACACCCACCAACUCAGUCCCAACCACAACCACAGCCACAAUCACAAUCUUCAUCACAAUCUUCUCAACAACAACCAGCUUCUCAACAAUCCCAACAGUCUCAAACCCGCCAACAAAGCGCUUAUGGACAAUACCCACAAUACAACCAGUAUGGACAAUACGGUCAACAAUAUGGUCAAUACGGUCAACAACAACAAUAUGGUCAAUACGGUCAACAACAACAAUAUGGUCAGUAUGGCCAACAACAGUACGGACAAUACGGUCAAUAUGGUAAUGCCUUUGGUGGUAAUGCUGCAGGUGCACAUGCUGGCGGUGCUGCAAGUUUCGGUGGAUUUGCUGCUUCUUCUACAGGUGCAAGCGACACAACUGCCGGUGCCAACGAUUACAAUCAAUACUACAAUCAAAACCAGUUCCCAUCCGGUUCUAACUUCUAA